CCCCGCCCCCCAAAAGCAGUCCUCCGCCUCUAGAAAACCCAGACAACCUCCAUUCCCUCCGAAACCAAAGCCCCAAUUUCCUCGCUCUAUAAAUUCUCCCCCAUCCUCCCUUCCAAUCUCCCCAUCUCCAAUUCCCAUCGUCUCUGAGGAAAGCAAAACAAAUUUCCUCUGUUAAGGCAGCCAUGUCGGGUCGCGGGAAGGGCGGUAAGGGUCUCGGCAAGGGCGGGGCGAAGCGGCACCGGAAGGUGCUCCGCGACAACAUCCAGGGCAUCACGAAGCCGGCUAUCCGCCGCCUGGCUCGCCGCGGCGGCGUGAAGCGCAUCAGCGGCCUCAUCUACGAGGAGACCCGUGGUGUCCUCAAGAUCUUCCUCGAGAACGUCAUACGCGACGCCGUCACCUACACCGAGCACGCUCGCCGCAAGACUGUCACCGCCAUGGAUGUCGUCUACGCCCUCAAGCGCCAGGGCCGUACCCUCUAUGGCUUUGGCGGAUGAGAUCCAUCAAUUCCGUGGUUUUUUUUUUCAAAAGAAAAACUCUUUAGGGUUUUGGUCUCUUAUGUGAGUGGGAUGGGAUGCUGUGAGUUAUUGUUAUGAAAGUGGAAGGGAAACAUUAAGUUUCAUCUUAUCUUAUUAUGUAUUAUGAAAUUAGGAAGAGGAAAAAAAAAUCUAAUCUUGCCAGCCAGUGCUGUGAUUGUUUUUUGAUGUUGGUCAGUUUAUUUUAUAUAAUCAUGUUUCAAUUCAGAGAGUAA